GAGAGGCGACGGCUUACUGAGUACUCACACCGAACCAGAUCUAUUAACACGAUCUGAUCUCCAUACUCGGGAUCGAACCAUAAAUCGCCCUGCUUGGGAGCUCUCAGUCGCUCGUGGCAACGGGUUAAGAUCUACCCGGUAGCGGGGCACUGCCGACACUCUAGUCUCAACUACCGUUAGGACAUAGCGGGGAAUAGGAUAGCGUAGCGGGUUUGCGCUUUCUAAAAUGUGACAUCACAAAUUGCAGUUAAAAGUUUCUUAUUCAGAAGCCUUGGAUCACUUUCUCCGUCCUGUGAGAUUUUUAAAGAUGGCGGAGCUCGAUGUCGCUAAGUUUCCUGCCGGAAACUGGAUCGCGCAUCAAUUACGACUUGUGAAUGAUGACAGCAAGAAGUUGUUUCCUUCCACGGCAGGGUCUAAGAGGUCAUACAGAAAAUAUGAUUCUCUUUAUAUGGUGGACUUCGAGGACUUCCCGGACGGUGCGCUGACCACUCGUAUGAUGGACAAACUCAAUCUGGAAGAGAUCCAAAAGAAACGGGAGACGAUAGCUGACGUGUUGUUCAACUCGAACUCUAGGGACCCGGGGCACAUGUUUGGAAAUUGGACGAUACCAGAGAGAAUACUGGACAAGGAGAGUUCCAAAGGAAGGCGUAACAUUCUGAAGGUCACAAAGCCGGUAGAUGACAACUCACCAGCGACACUUCCAGUCAUAAGGAAAAAGACCCCAGGUGCCCGCCAUCCUUCCCCAGCUCGGAGCUCACACCUUCCCAAGAUGUCGUCCAGGUCCGCCCGGCCACCCACCAAGCCUGUAGCCAAGUCCCUGCCGUGUACGCCUAUCCCGAGAGCCAAGUCGGUCGGCGCACAUGACCGCGACAGACUGAAGGAGGAACUGUGCGGCUCCUUGAGGCCCGGGGCUGUCGGCCUGGCCGAGGACUGGAUGAAGGACGCCCCUCACCUGGAGCGCGAGGUUAUAAAGAAGAUCCUGCGCAUGCAGGAGAAGCGGUCGCACCUGGAUCAAGCCAUGAGGAGGACACUCCUACCGGACGCACGCCAGGCCGUGGAGAAAUGGCUGGAUCGGGCCACUGAAAGCGAACGCCAAGUUGCACUCAAAUUCUUCACGUCUCUUGCCGGAACUAAACUCAUGGGGGUGACAGCUGACGAACAAAGGUCAAGGUUCCAGCAGGUCAUCAGUACGCUGCAGAGGAACAAGGGACGUGGCACCCCCCGUCCCUCUGACCGACCCACAGAUUCCAGUCAGGACAACUCCCGCCUGCAGUUCGUCAAGUUGCUGGACCCGGAAACACGCUCACGGCGCUGGCAACAAACCACGUGGCACCAUCUCCCAGAAUACCGGGACAAGGACCGCGUGAACAACUGGAGCUCGCACUACAUCCGCCCCCACGCCGCUGUCCCCCGACACUUCGUCAUCCACCCUGACUGGGGCUGAACCCGGGGGGCAGAACUCACCCAACUUGCUUCAGCCAAACCGAAGCCAGUGAUUUACAAAACAGUAAUGGAAUUUUAAUCUGGGUAAUUAAACAUUAAAUAUCAACUUCGGGCCAAGUUAUAUGAUGCAAAAAAGUCUCUUUAUUCUUACAUUAUAGUUAAAAAAAGUCUGUUUCUCUUCACAUAUAUAUUUCCAUUCGAUGUCUAGAUUUUAAUUUUAUUGACGUUAUUUAAAUAUUCUGGGAUUGUAUGAAGAAAAAUACAAGUUCUAGUUUUGUUGUAAAAAUAAAAAUGGAAAGACACCACAGUCACGAAGAAAUUUGGUUCCAGUCCUAUUGUGAACCUAGGUGUUUUAUGGGUCCUUGGGCUAGAUCCAUGUAAUUGCAUGUUUCAUAUAUUUGAAUGUUGAAAAAGUGCUGAAAAGUGACAGGCAGUUCUGUAAAAUACAUUGUAGUAGAUAAUUUUAGUCGAAGUAACAACAGCAGUCUUUUAUAUUACGGAGAUCUCACUGAUUUGUAACAUUUAAAUGUUUGUACAUAUACAUCCAGUAUUAUUGAGUUUAAUCAACUUCAGGUUGAAAAGUCUCUGCACUUCAUUUGUUAUAGCUAGUGUGUCUUCAUACUCUAAAUAUUCGGAUAUUUCGGAACAUAGAUUAUGACAUAUAUUGUAUUGACUAGAAUGGAACAAAGGAUAAGGCAAAAGAAGAAGGUUGAAUUCUCUUAGAAAAAGAAUGUGUCGAGAUGAAAAGUAUUUCCCUAUUGUUUGUCUCCUAUGCAAGUUGUUUAUUACAAUCUAAUCAAAAAUGCGUAAAAUGCAAAGUUAAUUUUCUUCAAAAUAUAUAUCAGUGUAAUCGAACCAAGCCUUUGCAAACUUGAGACUUCAUGUUGCCUUUCUAUAUAUACGAUCCAUGGUAAAUAUAUAAUUCAAACCUUGCCCGAGUGCGAAGCCAGCACAGCCGGAAGCGCUCGUUAAAUCUCUUUAAAUAUCAGUAAUCGUUUCGGCAAUUACGUGCGUGGGUAGAACCUCCACCAAAGGUUCAGUAAUUAGUAUUACUACUUGGUAGAUAUCUACCGACAACGGCACUGAUCGAUUCCUCUCGGCAUUGGCCCACUUAUAAUUCUUGUAUAUAUUUUCUGUUCGGGAAGACAGAUAAACUUGAAUGUCUGCACGAUGGAAUGUUUCGUUUAGAUGUACAAGAAUGCUUCCUUGCCGAGUGGUUGACAUGUGCACCGUUACAACCUGCAGUACUCAGCAGUAUUAAUACCAAGUAUUGACCCCUUCUGUGAUAUUUGGAAUGCAUACAUCAGUCGAUGUGAGUGUACCACUAUUUAUUUUAUCUAUCACCCUUUUUAUGUAUACCGACACAAAAAAAUAAGCAUAAGCGAAACUGAAUAUUCUUUUCAGGAAUUUUAGAAUAAUUCUGCCUUAUAGACGUGUUUCUUUUGAUGUUUAAGUUAGACUCGCACUAAGACAACCAUAAGUCUUAUAAAUAGGGAGUAUGAUCUCGUUAAUUUGUCUAUCGGGGAUGCUUUUUUGUGUAUGUCGUUGUUGGUGACAGGUGAACGUUCUGUAGAACACCCUAUCUGUUAAUAGUCCUGUUUUUUAAGCAUGCACAAUAAAUAUCCAGAACUGUUCUUGAUUGAAAGUUUCAUAACCUCGUACAUAUCACAAAUACGAAUAUUUAGGUACGUACAAUACAAACUGAAAUUAUUGUUCGAGUAUACAAUAAAUAGAGUGUAAAAUGAAUACACUACUCAUAGGGAAAUCAUAUAUGUCAUUCUGUUUAGAUAUACAUGUGACAUAUUGUGGGAAUAUUCUGGUUUUCUUGAACAAUGCACAACCACGACAAAAUUACAUUGUCCUUGUGAUUGAGAGGUUAUAUAUCAAUUGUAAACAUUAUUGCCAUAUUCUCAACACUCUACGCAAUGUACAAACAGAAGAUCAGUUGAUGAGAAGUGAAGCUGUCAGAACCUCUAUAUAGCUUAAAUGACUGUGUGAAGCUGUAAUUUCCGAUAUCAUGCACCAGGACGGGACACUAUAUAAUUAUACAUGCGGGAAUCCUGGUUAUCCAGUCAGUUGGGUUAUAUGUAUUAUCCGGGUUAGGUUUUCCGGGCUUACACGGUUCCUUCUGUGGAUUUUUUCCUAUAUUCUACGAUCAACUCCAAGAUGGUUUGUGUAGUCCCUGCACCGGCCGUGCAAUGGUGUUUGCUGUGCUAUAUAGCCACUGGGUGUGUGUUCUGAUAUUAGUGAUAGCAUCGUGACAAACAUCUGUGUAGCAAUGAUUAAAUGUUUCAUGAAACUUUUUGUUCAUUCGUUGAUACAUAUUACUAAUUUAUUUUUGAAACAUCGUAGUUUGUUGCUUGCAAUAAAAUCAAAUUAACAGUCA